CUCCAGGACGCUGACAUCGAGCACCUGGUCCUCUCAGGCAAGCUCUUCGGUACAAACUCACGCUCCUCCUCACCCGAGCGCAGCCCCUCCCCAACCCUCUCCUUCGCAUCCGCAUCCUCCGACUCCUCCCACCGCCAACCCGAUGUCCCCCAACCCGAAUCCAUCGGAAUGGGUCCCGGACGCACAGGCGUCAAAGGCGUCAUCCGCGAUCAACACGAAGCAGCUGCGCUCCAAGCCGAACGACGCGCGCGCGAGAUGGAAGAAGUGCGGUGGCGCAUGGAGAGGGCUAAUCUGGGCGGGAAGACUUUUUUAGAGGAGGAGAGAGAGAAAGAGGCGUUGGAUUUGGAUUUGGAUUUGGAUCUUGAGAGGCGGACUAAUGCGCUUGGUCUUCGUAAGACGGGGAGGUUUGGGCAUCUGAGGGAGGUCGGGCGUGGGGGGUUUGUGAGCGCUGUUGAGAGGGAGGAUAGAGGUGUUUGGGUCGUCGUUCAUUUGUAUGAGUCGUCGUUGGAUCGGUGUUUUGUUCUUGAUGAGAUGUUGGCAAGGCUUGCGAGGAUGUAUCCUGAGACGAAGUUUGUUCGUGCGCGGGCGGCUGCGCUUGGGUUUGCGUCUACUGCGUUAUCGUCUUCGUCUUCUCGGGUGCGGUCCAAGGCGAAUAGGAUGCCUGGGCGAUUUAUCGAUGAAGAUGAGGAGGACCCGUAUGCUGACGGGGUUGAUGAAAAAGCUUAUUACGAUGACGACGACGAUGAAGGAGAACAGGAAGAGGACGUCGAUACCGACAUGCUACCGACACUCCUGGUUUAUCGCGACGGUGAGCUCGUGCAUAAUUGGGUACGCGUAGACUGGGAAGCGGGACAGGCGGGCGUCGAAGAUUUACUCGCAAGACGAAAUGUUAUCUCAUCGUUCAGGUCGACUGGCAAUUGCGGUCUGCCGGAUGAUGACGGGGAUGAUUUGAUAUGGAGCGACGAAGAUGAUACUAAGGAACGAUGA